GGACAUUGAUCUACUUGGCUUUCUAGAGCCGAAGAGCCUCCAUUUUUACCACCACCACCAUUACAUUAUAGAAGGCGAAUUCUAGGAAACCCUGCUAAGGGUUAAAGUAGACCUUCAAUCACAGGGUCUUGUCAUGAUGUCAUACUUCAUCAUCCCCCUUAUGGCAUCACAGUUAUGACUGCUUUGAGCUUCGAUCGACUGCUAUUGUCUUGAGCCACUGAAUGUUUUUAUACAAAAGCUUGCCUCUCUAUAUUUCUCCUAAGUUGUAUCAACAUUCAAGAAAGUAUUCAUUGCUAUUAGAAUUACAAUUAGUCACAAUGGUAGCUAUUCGUAUCAGCAGCUCUUUAAAUGCCUUGAGGGCUACCCGGACACGAGCUCCUCAAGCUUACCGUACUUUCACAGCUAGUUCCCGUUACUUUGCAUCAGGUUAUGGUAAUGGAGAAGGAGACCCUGCUGGACAGGACCCCCAGAACCAGCCAUCGUCAAGUGAUGCGCAGCAAUUAUCAGAACAUCCCGGCCCAAGCCCGCCGGACGUGGGUAAGGGGACAGGAGGUGGUCCUACGAAGGCCGCCUUCUCAGAGAGUAUGAAAAAGGCUGCUGCUCGCGAGUCCGGACAAAAGACCCCGGAGGACGCCAGCGCGCAGUCCGGGGGGUCCAGGUCCAAAGAGGCUACCGAAACGGGAGGAAGUCCUACUGGCGGGAGUACUGCCAGCGCGGCAAGCCGGGAUGGAGGUGAGGCAUUGAAGGGUCCUCAGGGCAAGGGCACACCCAGUACCAAGAUCCGCAACCAGGCGGUGCCCGGCGACAAGGACGGCCUGAGUGACGAACAACAACAGGAAGUCGAUAGGCAUAACCAGGACUUCGAAAAGCGUUACGACCGGGCGGCACCCGCCUCAGAUGAUAAGGUCAACCCUCAGUUCUGGAAAGGGACGUGAGUAAUGCGUGCGGUUGUUCUGCGUUGUUGUUUGGUGCUGCGUUUCGAUAUAUUAUGAUAUAUUACGGUAUACUGAUUCGUAAUGGACGUAGCAACGGUCUUCAACAAGGAGAGGGAAAAGGAGGAAAGGGAGGAAAGGGGGAACAUUGAGUGGAUUGGAAUGUUUAGGUGAAUGAAAUAUGUUGUAUUUGCUUGGGAAUGAGGCAUUCUGAUGCGUCUUUCGAGGUGUACAAGCUGUACCUUUUAUUUAUUGUCAUAGCACCAUAGGUACCUUAGUCAAUUCGUCUAGAUACUGAAAUUGUAGCUUCGAGUAGAAAUAUGUAUAAGCUGAUUUGGAAGAAAGAAUAGAGGUUAAUAAAACGCAUCAUCAAUUAC